GAAUAAUAAUGGCGCCGUCCUGUGGCGUAUUUUUUGAGGACAAGGGCAAGUUCCCCCUGCCAGUGUUGUUUUCACAUGUGAGAAACAAACAUGGCGAGGUUUCUAAGGCCAAACAUCAGGAGUUUUGUCACCUCACAGCUGAGAAUGUCAUCCGACCAGCUGGGUGAGCUGGGUAAAGGUGCAGGUAAAGGUGGUGGCGGCGGAGGGUCAAUCAGAGAGGCAGGUGGAUCCAUGGGGAAGAAGCAGGCCGCCGAGGAGGAGAUGUACUUCAAGCGUAAGGAGCAGGAGCAGCUCGCUGCACUGAGGCAGCACCAUCAGGAGGAAAUUGACCACCACAAAAAGGAGAUUGAGCGUAUGCAGCGCGAGAUUGACCGCCACAAGGGAAAGAUCAGAAAGCUGAAGCACGACGACUGAGUGAAACCUUCCUAAAAAAAGUUCUAGUUUUCUCACAGACCCAACCAGACAGCUUUACUCAUAACUCAGAUUUCUGCAUGCACUGUAUCAACGGGUCAGUCAUGAAUGUGUGGGUGAUUGUUCUGUAAAUGCUUGAAAGUUAUUAAAACCACUCCAUAAAAUGACUGUUUCCAUGGCAUGCUGUGACACAAGUUGUGCAACUUUUUCAACCCUUUCCCCUUUUUUGUAGUAGAUCAGUGUGCUGUAUGUUGCAGGCAAAAGGCCAAAGUGGAAAAACUUAAAUAUAUGGCAAAAUCAA